CUGCUCAGCUACUGUUUGUUGUUAUCGGUCUGACUCCCUUGUCAAAACUGGUUUCCUCUAACAAUGGUUGCUUCUCCUUCCUGAGCUCAGAGACGCAGAGAAUCAUCGACAGGUUGGACAACAGCGAGACCCACAUGAAUGAGAAACACAGAAAAACUGGCUCACGGGCUCCUUCCCGAGACCAUCUGACCUCCACCUACACCGAGCUGAACAUUCGGAAAGGCGAAUGCCUCACCAAUGCACAAGCAGAUGGUCUGGACCCCACCUACACUCUGCUGAACUUUCGCCAAAAGGAGCUUCCCUUCGCUAAGGAUGAAGAUCCUCCUAUCUCGUCGGGACCAGGAGAAAUGCCAGUGACUGCGCAGGCAGGUGCGGAGAAACAGGAGCCGGAACAGAAUAUCGAAAACAGAAUGGAGCUUAAGAUCUACCUGCUCUGCUUCGUUACGUUCGCCCUGGUCGCGAUCGUGGCCGGGCUCUCGAUCUAUGUAUCACAGACUCGUCAGUCUCUGAUCACCUCCGAGCGAAACUACCGGAGACUUUGGGAGCAACAUCAGGAGAUGAACAGGACCCAGCGCCAAUGUCAACAGAAAGUCCAUGAGUUGAACUCAACCCUUGAAUCCAGGACAUCUGACAACUCCCGGCUGGAUCACCCCCAGAGAACCUGUCUGAGCAAUCUCUCGGAGCUGAAUCGAACGCACAGCGAUCUCCGUCAUCGGUUCAAUCAGCUCGAAAUGAAGAAUGGAAACAUCACCAGAAACAUAGCUCAGGUUUGCCAGUACCUCAACAGGAGAAGAGACAAAACCCUUUCCCAGGACAGGAUCGCAGUCGAUUGUUAUUUCAUAUCCACGUUGGAAACGUCUUACGAUGAGGCGAAACAAAAUUGUUCUAACUCUGAUUCAAAUCUUCUUGAAAUAAACUCAAAAGCGGAAGAGGAACGUGGCCUCUAAUGUGUUGUACAUGAAGGAGGAUGGAAAGUUCGAAUGCAGUAAAUGUAAACGUAACAGUUGUAAAAAUGCUCAGCACCGUUUCAUCUGUGAAAAGUCUGCACAUUUGUGCCCGGAUAUUUCUCAAAAGAUCCCGGAUCUCUGUCAACAGCCAGUGGGACCGACUUCAAUCAAAUGACAACAUCCUCUUUCUCCGCAUCUCUGUCUUCGACUGUCACUGACACAUCCUCUCCUCCCUAACCUAUUCUGCUCCCUCCUUCUAUAGCUCUUUUACUGGCCAUCUCUCCUUCUGUUUACUCUCGUCCCUCUAAACUCUCUCUCUCACUCAUCCUCCUCCACUCCCGCCUUCUCUAUUGCAUCCGCAUUUUCCUUCCUCUCACUUUCUGCACACCCUCUCCCUUAACUCUUCUCUCUUCUUUCACACUCUAUUCCCCCAUUCUCCACUCCCUCUCUGCCCUUCUCUUCCCAUUUCAAUAUUUCAUUUAUCUAAUCCCAAUCCUUUUCACUUUUCUCUUUCGAGCUGCUCUCACCUCCAUCAUGUCACUGAUGUUCUCGAUACCCCAGUGCUGGGGAAAUAGAGUGCCUUUUCCGUGUCCCUCGUGGUUUUCUACACCUAUGUAAGGUCACAGAAUAAAGCCUAAAAAUUCCAGACCUCAGUCCAUAAUUCAGUCCCUCGUGUCCUCGUAAAUCUUCCUCUCCAGUCUUCCCAGCUCAGUGGCAUCGUUCCCACAGCAGAGUGACCGGAACUGAACACCGUGCUCCAAAUGUCGUCUGACAGACAUCUUCUACAACUGCAACGUGACCUGAGACUCCCGUACUCAGUGUCCUGACUGAUGAAGGCCAGCGUGUCAAAUGUCCUCCCCGUCUGUAUCGCGUGUUUUCUGCCGGAUCCACAGUCUGUUUUACUAUCUGUGACUUGUACCACGUGAGGAUUGUUCAU